UCGGUGGCAUAACCGAAUCAUUCUGUUGGGGCAUCUCGUGGCGAACAAGACGCAAAAUACGGUUCAGAAAAACAAUAGAGAGAACAAAUCGAAAACCAUGCGAAGUGAUUGCUUAAUUUUGGCUCUGGGCCUGGUGCUGCUGGUGGGAUCUGUGGCCGGAAAAUCCUCAUCGCUGUCCGAUGGAGACCGGGACCAGUGGGUGUGGCGCUCCUACAACCGACAGCAGCGAUCCUUUCGCGACGGAGGAGGCGACAUCGGCAGGAGUAGAAGCGCCGCCAUAAGGAAUUCGUACGACAACAAGCUGAGACGAGAGCCCACCACGCGCAGACCGUUGCCUGGAGAGCCCGAGAACGAUGAGAUCGAGGACUAUGCGGAUGCGGUGGAUCCCAACCGGGCAUCCCAGGACACCACUACUCCCAAUGUGGGCACGCGGCAGUACAAUCCGUACGGGGGACAGCCGAAUGCGGGCCAAUUUGGCGGAUCGGGACUCUCUGGAGGAUAUGGCGGCAGUCCGGGAGUUCUUGUUGGACCGGGAGGACCCACUGGAAUCAUUGGACGGCAGCCCUUGUAUCCGUCUCCCUACCAGCCGGGCUAUGGGGGAUUCAACGGAGCCCAGAACGGCAUUGGAGGAUAUCCGGGCGGAAUCUAUGGCGGAGCAUCAGGUGCAGGACUCCAGGGCUAUCCAGGAGCCUCUGGAGCGGGCUAUCCAGGUGGCAGUCUAGGAGGAGCCUUUGGCGGCUACCCCAGCAACGGCCUGGGCGUCGGGCAGUUCUCUGGCGUGGGACAGCAAUUCCCAAGCGGCGGACAGUUCUCUGGCGUUGCACAGCAGUUCCCUGGCGCUAGCCAAUUCCCUGGCUCGGGCGGACAAUAUCCCUUCGGGGGAUCCUACCCAGGAGGAGAUUUCAACGGCAAUCAGUUUGCAGGUCAGUUCCCGGGCAACGGGGGACAGCAGUAUCCCUCGAAUCAGUUUGGCGGCGGCGGACCGCAGUACACCGAGGGCUAUGGUCUGGCCGGAGGACUGGGUCUCGGACAGCUGGGCAUCGGAGGGGCAGGAGGAGGUCCCUAUGGAGGCGGAAACUUUGGCUUUGAUGAAAAGUCCUCCCCACCGGUGGUGGCCGAAGGCAAGAGCGCCAAGAGUGUGGAUGCGGCGCCCAGGAACGUGAACGAUAAGCUAAGCAAGAAGAUCUAGGAUCCAGGACCCACGAUCCAGGAUCAGGAGAUCCCUUAGACGUACUCCCACCCCGCCCGUCAGUUGUAAAUAGAACCCCACUGUCCCUACUAUUUUUUUUGCUUAGUUAUAGUUCCUAGACCUAGAAACGAAUCGAAUCGAAUAAAUCAUUAGAGCGAAGAGCCCGAGA